CUCCUGCCUCAGCCUCUGGAGUAGCUCGGAUUACAGGCAUGCGCCACCAUGCCCAGCUAAUUUUCUAUUUUUAGUAGAGAUAGGGUUUCUCCGUGUUGGCCAGGCUGGUCUUGAACUCCUGACCUGAGGUAAUCCUCCCACCUCGGCCUCUCAAAGUGCUGGAAUUACGGGCAUGAGCCACUGUGCCCAGCCAGCCAUUUUAUUUUUAACUUAAAUUUUUAACUGUGCAAUAUAUAGUAUCCUCUGAAGCUGUCUUAAUUUAUAUUGUUGGCUUUUGUGAAAAUUUUCUAAAGUUGAUAUUCUUUUAAUACAUGUGGCUACAAUGGAACCCAUGAAAAAAUUAAAGAACGUGUUAAUAUAUUUCUUAACAUCAGUGCAUAUUUAAUUAAAGCACAGUAAGUAAUGAUGCUCAUAGCUUAUUUAACUGUUUGAAAAAAGUUGAAGAUAGUUGUUUAGUCCAAGUUUUUUAAAAAUUUAAAAGUUUUAACGUCUGAAGAGUCAGAAGUCUGUGUACAAUGGGAUAUACUUUUCAUCUUAAAUUCUGGUUCCCACUUGUUUUCAAGGUCAUUUUAAGGAAUUCCAACUAUAGUCCGUCUCAAAUACUUCUUAAUUUAGUGAAUGUCUCUUCACUAACGGAUUUCCUGAGCAUAUCUGAUUACGCUUUCUUGUGCUAGUGUUACAGAGCUGAAGCUCAUCACUAUUAGCGGUAAUCCACUGCUUCUAUGAAAGGAGCCUUGCUACAUUCUUCAGUUAUGAAGCAUUGUUAGAAGGAAAAACAUUGAACUCUGUAGUGACAAAACCAAACUAAAAAUACUGGAUCUUCACAAAAGAAACUCUUUCAGCUCCACCAUUUGGCGGGUCCUGAGUUUUUGUCCCACAUCCAGGAAGAAUGAGGUAUGCAGACAAGUGGAGGGUGAGCAAGGUGAAGGAUUGCUUUAUUGAGUGACAAAACAGCUCAGAGGAGACCCGUAUUGGGUAGCUCCUUUCCGCAGGUAGGCCAUCCUGAUGAGCAUCCAGCUCUCAGCAGAGAGCCCACAGUGGGUAGUUCCUCUCCACAGGCAGGGCGUCCUGAUGAGUGUUUAGCCCUCAGGAGAGAGGAGACACACAGUGGGUAGCUCCUCUCCAUAGGCAGGGCAUCCUGAUGAGUGUCAGCUCUCAGCAGAAAGGAGAUCCACAGUGGGUAGCUCCUUUCUGCAGACAGGUCAUCCUGGCAUCUGCCUAAUUCUGGCAGAGUCCUGGGUUUUUAUAGGGUUCAGAGGGGAGGAAGUGUGUGCUGAUUGGUCCAUGGGUGGUUAUGGGCAAUCCCAGAAAAGCAUCAUAAGUUCCCACUCCAGUCCAUGGAACUGGCAGCCCAGUCCCCAGGCGUCAGGCCCUUCCUGGCUUGAAGGUGGGGUUUCACCGGGGACUGCCCAUUUCCGCCCAGGAGCUUGUCUGCCUCCUGCCGCUGUUUAUGGUGCCCAGAUGCCCAGGCUGUUCAUGCUAAGAGCCUCCUGCAGGCCAGUGCCAAGCUGCCCUCAGCCCGCACUUAUCCUCCCUUCUAUGCUCAUUGGUGCCCAAAGUCCGGAGGGGGCUGAGGCAGCAGGGGGUGGGCAUGUCAGCACUACCAUGAGCAUGCGCACACCCGGCUGGGUUGCGCGCAGGCUCGGCAACUUUUCUCCAAGAUUGGAGCAGGCGCCAGAAUGGGGAGAAGCCAGGCGGUGGAAGCAGGCACUUCCGAGCCUGCAGGGGCCGGGGGCUUCCCAGGCCCCCAAGAGUGUAGAGAUGCCUGGGUCUGCAGCCGCAGCUGGGUGGCUGCAGCUGUGUCCAGGAGGGUGGGAUUCCUGCGUGCUUCUGGCCCCCAAGAGCACAGGGAUGCCUGGGUCCAGAGCCACAGCUGGGCUGCCACAGCUGCACUCAGGAGUGCGCGGUUUUGCUCUGCCAACUAGGAAGGGAGUGGGGCUUCUACCUGUUUCCAGCUCCCGUUGGCUCACAGCCCUGGUCAUGCCACCCCCUCUGCAGCCGAUGUCUUUGCAGCAGCCACUCCAGAUGGGCUGCUAGUGCCAUCACUUCUAGAACCGUUUCUAGACAUGCGAUAAGCACAUGAAUAUAUUUAGUUUUUAAUAUAAAAAAGAGGACCAUAUGUGUUUAAUCUGCUCUUUAACUUGUGUCAUCAAUAUAUUAACAUGUAAAUGAACAGGUUUGCACCAUCGU